AUGACGAUCAAGGACCUUUCUCAACUCACCAAGAAGACGUUCAACGUCAAGCGUGGCUUCAACUACACAUAUUACACCUUUCCUGCUCAAAACUGCAAGCCAACUCUUUUCCUGUUUCACGGCUGGCCCGAUUCAGCACGCCUCUGGGCCGGCCUCAUCCAUGAUUACCUGAUCCCCCACGGCUACGGCGUUAUUGCCCUCGACAACCUCGGCUUUGGCGACUCUUCCAAGCCCACGGACCCUGGAUCUUACGCCCCGAGCCACCUCACAGCUGAUGUUGUUGAGAUUCUUGAAGCUGAAGGCUUAGACAGCAUAGUGUCUGUUGGUCACGACUGGGGAUCUUUAAUUGCUCAAAGGCUGUAUAACUUCCAUCCUGAGCGUGUGCGUGGAUUGGCUUUGAUCAGCGUGCCCUAUAUGAUACCGACAGAUCACUUCGACCUCGAUGCAAUCAACGAAAUGACGAAGAAUGUGUUUGGUGCUGGUGUCUUUGAGUACUGGCACUUCUUCACUGCUGAGGAUGCGGCGGACAUUAUGAACCGCAACCUCGAAUCCGUGUACAGCGUCGUCUUUGGCGAGCCCGACACCUGGCUUAAGACCUGGUGCGCUCCUGAGGGAAUGCGGGAAUUCGUUACCCAAGGCCGUACCCAGCCCGCCAUCUCGUUCGCUACCCCCGAACACAAGGCGGAUUUUAUGGAGCGCUACCGGAAAGAUGGGGGAUUCGCCUCGUCCCUCUGCGCUUACACCGUGACCAGCUCUGGGGUGCGGGCCGAGUCGGACAGGAUGCUGACCGACGAGUCGAUCACGGUCAAGGUACCGGUCUUGUACUGGGGCGGUAAGCAGGACUAUGUAUGCAGGCCUGAGAUGUCGCAGCAAGCCAUUGCUGCCGGCGUGCUGCCGGAUGUGAAGACUUUGAUUAGGGACGGCGGACACUGGGCGUUUCUUGAAGCGCCGGCCCGGUUCGGCCAGGAUAUUCUGGGGUGGCUGCAGGACAGAUUUGAGUAA